AUGGGCACUUUCUUGAUGCUCGGCGGAAUUUUUGUUCGGGGAAGCGCCGAAGCCGCCGGGCGUCCAAUCAACAAGGAGUUGGCUGAGUCCAAAGAGGAGCCCACGCAAGAGCCGAAUGCUCCCAAACGAGAACUGCCGGAGGAUAAAGACGUGUCUGCAUAUUUACAGGCUGACUGUGGCCAAUACAAGAACAUUGGCAGCAUCAACUCUUGCACCCAGUGUGCGAUGUUUGAGGAAGCUCAAAUUUGGCCGCGUGACAUUUUGGAGCGCUUCCUUGUCACCGGUGAACGUCCUCGUUGGACAUCUGAUCCAGGAGAGGGGAGCUUGGCACUUGCUGGUCCAAUGUCGAGGAUUGAGGUGGAGGAGGCUCUGCGCACAGCUGCCUUAUGGUUGAGCCGUGCAGAUGCCCUGCUGGUGCUGGCCGAUGGCAUGGAGGAGAAAGGUCCGGCUUGGCCUCGCAUGAAACAGACAGGUAAGACCUUCGAGCAAAUGUGUACUUGCGCCAGUUUCAUGAAAGAACCUCAGUUGGCCUGGGAAUGCUGGCUGCGGCACUGUCAAAACUACAGGGAGAGCACACCCCACGCCUGUUAUAGCUCGCCUGUGUUCCAGCACACUGCGCUAGGAGCUUUCGUUCUCAGCAGCUCCUGGGACGGCCACUGGGCCAUGGCCGGCUGGGCCUCGCAUCUCCUGGAACUCAAUGGCUCGGCUCUGGAGCUGCGAUGCGAAUGCGGUGCCAGCUGGGCGUCCGAGGAGCUGUGGGAGUCUUGCAACUACCUUCCGACCUGUCCAAGGUGCAGCGCUCCCGCAUUGCCAGCUGUGAAACUAUUUGAUGAGGAAGGACCCCUUGACACUGACCUCUACAAAGAGCAGGACCUGCGCUUUCAGUCCUUCUUGAAGAGUUGUUCUCAAAUUGGUGCUGAGCUGCUCAUCAUAGAGCUGGCUGCUUCACCAUGUUCAGAGCUGCGACGCCGGGCUGAAGACCUCCUAGGUCAUCCGCCCACGAACUGCCGCACCAGGCUGUUGCGAAUCCAGCGGCGCUUUCCAGCGCUGCCCCGCCGCUUCAGUGGGCGUGCAAUGGCUGUGCCAUUGCCGUGUCCGGAAGCCUUGAAGCGUAUGGAGGCACUUCUUCCUAUCAUCGAUAUGGGCAGCUUUCUUUUUCAGGACAGUGCUGGUGGCGUGGAGGUGGUGGCUCCAAGAGACGCACCAUUGUCGUUUGCCUUCAGGAAAGCCUGUGGUGGGACCUUGCCAUCCGAGAAUGCUACCGUUUUUAAGGCUGGAAGUGUGUUGAGAGAGUUCCGUGUACAAGAUCUGUCGCCAAGUGACGUGGUUCCGCCUGAGCUCUUCUUCAAAGAUAGAGUUUUCCUACAGACCAAACGUCAAAGAACCACAGGGGAUGACUUCCCUCCGGUAGUGCGCAUCUGGCUGACCGGCACCAUCUUCCCAGCACGAAACGAACGACUGGAGAAGCGGCUGUUAUCCAGCUGCGACGCCACAGGAUUUUUUGCACGUGUGCUCGUCAAUGGCAGCAUGCAAAAGGACCCAGAGAACCAGCUGGACCGGACCUACCUGGUAGUCUCACUACACCUCUGGCGUCGCAUUGCGCGCCAAAGCAGGUGGAGACGCGCAUCCAUUGCUGCCGCAUCCAAGGACUUGUGGGGGCCAAGAAGUCUGUGCCAAAGAUGCUGGAGAAGCUGGACCCGAUUGGUACUGAGAGGAGAGGCUGAGGACGUGAACUCUUUGCAAGUUGAGAGCUUGGAGGAGCAGCAGUUGCAACUGCUUCAAGCACGUGUCUUGCAGCAACGGCUUCAUCUCCUUGGCUUUAUGUCCAAAAAAGAAGACCAACUGCAACUGCAACAGGCCUUGAUCCUUUGGUCUCGAGUGUGCGCCUGUGCGCGGAGGCAACGAUGGCAGCAAGCCAUGGAAGAUCGACAGAAGGAAGCAGACAGAGCCUUGAGGAAAGCACAGCAAGAGCAAAAGGAACUGCAACAUCAGCAAGAGAGACGGGAGCAGUUGUUUCUUCAGCAAUCGCUUGAACUGCAAGACCUGGAGAAACUCAUGGAACAUCGCAGACAAAAGCAGUUGUUGCAAUCCCAUGCAGUGCGAGAAGGUGUGUUCCGGUCCCUUGCAAUGACCAACGAGAAAAUUCAACUGCUGUUUGCGUGGUCCCACUGGUGUUCGAUCAUGAGGAAGGGGCUGAGCGACAUGACGGAGCAUCUUGCGAUGAAAUUUUUGCUUCUGCAGAUCCUCAGCACUUGGGCAGCUGUUGCCACCUCUGCUGUGCGACAGCGAAACUUCCAGGAGCACUCGCAGACUUUGUUGGGCCAUUUGGAAAAGACGUUCGAUUUGGUCAUCCAGAGAGCGCUUCAGCGAGAAGAUGCCCAGUGUCUGCAAAGUGCUUUUGGUUGCUGGCUUCGAUAUGUGCAACAUUCUCAAGCCCUGCAAGGAGACAUCGCAGAGAUUGUCGGAGCGCCAGCAACCACUGGCGCAUCGCCCAUGGAAAUGGAAGGAGGACGACAGCCACGGCCCCAUUCUCGGUACUGUUUGGGCACCUUCCAUUCAUCAGGCUCCAAUGUGGGCGACCUGCUGAUAGCUGCAGCCAGUGUAGUGGAGGAGAGAUCGCUUUGGUUCUGGGAGCCCGUCCUUUCUGCGAUUCUGCUCUUUUGGCAAACAGUAGCGCAGCAGGCAGCGCUGCAACACCAGCUGGAGAUGCAGAACCUGCGAAGUCGAGAAGAUGAAUAUCAACAGAGCUUGCAGCGAUUUCGGCAUCUUCAAGAUCUUGAAGCCAAGCGCAUUGUAGCAGGACAACAUGCACGUUCAGCCGUGAAUCGCCUGAUCUGGGACGCACAUUUCUAUCUCUUGGAAGCGGUGAUAUGCGCAUGGAAACUGCAGGCAGAAUCACGUCAAGGUGGUUUCCCCCUCGCGACGCCGGCCUCAACAGCUGGAUGGAACUUUGGAGAGGAUCUUUCAGGUUCAACUCCGAGCCCCACCAGAAGGAGUCCCUCCGUUCUUAGUGCCGAUGCAACGAAGCAGAGCUGGGCAUUUGAGGCAGAUUGUGCCGCUCCAGACCGGACCAGCGCUUUGAAGGUGAUUCAAGAGGUGCAGCUCAGGGUGCUCCCCUGCCAUGGCUUUGCCAUAUCUGGAGAUGAGAGCCAGAUUGCCAUGCGGAUCACACAGAUGCAGGGCUUUCUGCAGUCAGGUCGCAUCGAUCCUCGCGUGAGUCCAGCCCUGGAACAUUCGGUGCAUCUCUCCGGCUAUGCCAGAUUGCUCUCCAAAGCAAUGGCUCCAAAAGCCAAAUCCUCUGCCAGCUCUCAGCGCAGUUUGGUGCUGGCGCAGCCGACAGCAAGUGCAGACGAUUACUGGAAGCACAGUCACCGGCCACCAAAAGCUCUUUGGAUUGCAUCGACGUGGAACAAGUUCUCGCCACAGGAGAUGAAAUGGGACGGUUCCAAAUUCUACCACAACUUCCAGGUUGGCAGCAAUGGCUGGGAGAGCUUCCAGCUUUUGGUGGACGGAAGGUGGGAACAAUGUGUCUACCCAAGCAUUCCAGACGGUUGUCCCUUUGUGAAGUAUGAGCUUCGAGGGCCCAACAACAAAGGACAUGGAAAGAACUGGACGGUGGGCAGGCAUUCACAAGAUCAGAUCAAAGUGGGAGAUAAAGUACGAGUGACUGUCUCUGUCAAUUCACAAGGCUUACCCAAAGAGGUUGGCUGGCGCGAGGUUCUCGCCACGGCGCCCAGCGCGGCGCCUGCCGUGGCCCGGCCACAGGCCCUGAAGGUGUCGCAGCCUGAUAUUGCCAUGGGCACGUUCCACACAUCCCUGCGUGGCGCUUUGGCAGUGGGCAGUGCGGUGGCAGUGGCCAGCUUGCAAGCGCCCAAGAUGUCCAAAGCACGUCGACCCCGUGCUGUACGCAUGGUGCGUCACGCCAGCACGAAGCUGGACGACUCUGGAGCCUGGUCAUUCGUACAGCUCACCAACGGUGACUCGGAGGCCACCGUCUACCUGCGAGGGGCCAAUGUGACUUCUUUCAAGGUCGGAGGUGUGGAAUGGAUUGGCCUUCGCGCUGACUGCAAGUUGGAUGGCUCCAAGGCCAACAUCAGUGGAGGCCUUCCGAUUUGUUUCCCUCAAUUUGGACCUGGUGAAGUGAUCCCACAGCAUGGUUUUGCUCGAAACAUGGACUGGACCUUCGUCGAAACAGAGAGCAGCGACGGUAAGUGCGUCCUGGAGCUUGUAGAUUCUGAAGAGACCAAGAAGGUGUGGCCUUUUGAAUUCCGCUGCACGUACACUGUGGAGUUGAAGGAUGGCGAGCUGGUGACCUCGAUGAAAGUUGAAAACCUGUCUGAUGCCGAGUGCAGUUUUACCACUGGGAUCCACAGCUACUACGAUGUGUCUGACAUCGACAACCUUGAUAUUGUGGGAAAGCUGAAAGGUUGCACCUAUGAGGAUCGAACGAAAGAUCCUCCCAGCCCGGUCGAGUAUGACAAGGAUGAGAUCAAAAUCGCUGAGUUCAGAGAUGAGAUCUACAAAAAGGUAUGGCCCAGCACGGUUACGUUGAAGGACUCGAAGAAAGGGGAGCUGGACAUCAUCAGUGAUGGUGGCUGGCGAGAUUUGGUGGUCUGGAGCCCGUACGGAGAUGACAAGAUGGGCUACAAGAGCUUCGUUUGUGUUGAAAGUGUCGAAUGUGACCCCAUCUCUCUUGCAGCUGGAGCGUCCUGGGAGGCAACCGUGAAUGUGGUGCCCAGGAGACAUUUUGAAGAGCUCCGCUGUGGACAGAAAAGGCUGCAGCCAUGGGAGAAGCAGCACUGCGGUCAGUGGACGGUCAGUGGACGGUCAGUGGUCAAUCAAAUCGGUGAAUCUGUUGCAUCCCCAAAUCUCUCCACUGCAGGAUUCAAACUCAGCAGCUUCAAGGGAACAGAUAGCCGUAGCAAAGGAGCAGAAAGUGAUUGCGGAAGUGAACAGUGCAGACCGGACUGGUUGCCCGAGUCCAAAGACCCGUCAGCCCUGAAGGCUUUAGAAUCUGAUUGUGACACGCUCGAGCUGCGAUGGAAGCAGGUGCAGAAGCAUCAAAGAGAUGAGGAGCAGCAAUUGAUUCAGAGGCUGCGCGCAGAAACUGAGAUCCAGCUGCAAGAGCUAGGCCGCUUGAGGGAGGUCAUCAAGGACAGCAAGCAGAAGCCUCCAGCCCCAAGCUUGGAGCCUUUGGAGAAGGAGGCCAUCGAACUUCGUCGAGAGAUCGAUGAGCUGUUGUGGCGCAAGCGAUCAGAGCAGGUGACUCUGCUGAUAGCGUGGGUGAGUCGAGUGGAGAUGGACGGGAAGAACCUGAUCCGUCUGGGGGGACUCGCCAACAACGGCAAGGUGACCUACCUGUUUGGUCUGACGAGGUUGAAGGCCGACAAGCAGGCCUUGGUUUUGUACAAUGGCCUGUCAGGGAAGGCUUGGAGGGACGCAGAAGAUCUUGAUGUAGGACAGCUGGAUCACCCACAAGGUGUUGAACGCUUCGUGGCAUGGGUGACCCAGCGCUACCUGGACAAAGAGGUGGUCAAGGCUGGCAAGUACAUGAGCGAGUUCUUCAAGCACUUCAAGCGUUCCCAGAACCAGGACAUCCAGGACUUUAACAGCGAGUUUGACAGGCACCUCUCGAAGCUUCGUGAAGUUGGAUGCCAACUACCCGGAACUUGCAGCUCUUGGUGGUACGUGGACAAGCUCAGGCUUGACAACACGACAGAGCUUAGCUUGUUGUCGUCCGUGAACAACCAGUACGACUUGCUCAAGCUGCAGGAGGCCGCGGUGGUUCAAGAUCGGAUGAACAGGCGGCUUUGGGAAACUUCUCACAAGACCGAGGGCAAGGGCAACCUUCCUCGACGUAACCAACAAGCUCUAUGCACUGAGUUGGACGAGGCCCAGGAGGACGAGGUUGACAUCGACGACUCCGAGCCCUACGACGAGGAGGACUUCAACGCGGAGGAGGACCUGGAGACUCACGAGGCCUACGUCGCCUUCCAGAAUGCCAAGGCGAAGUACAACGACGCCUUGAAAGCCAGAGGAACAGUGACAGGUAAGAGCCGUGAAGAAGCACUGCAAAGAGCAAAGCUGAGGUCUUACUGCUCAGCCUGUGGAAAGAAAGGGCACUGGCACAAAGACCCAGAGUGCCCCAAGAACAAGGGCAAGGUGACCAGCCCACCACAUACAACGCAUGUGGUCUUCUUCUCGGACAUCGAGGACCUGGUGACGAUCGUGGACUGUGCCUGCAGCCGGACUUUGGCGGGGACUGCUUGGGCGCGCCGCUAUGUCGAGAAGUUGAAGGAGGAGAAGAUCCCCUACAUCGUGAUCGAGCAGGAGGAGAACUUUAACCGGCCAGCGCUUGCAGCACUGGGGAUGAACUACAAGAUGGAGAACAAUGUGGCCGACUUCACGAAGUUGGACUUGGAGGAGAUUUCUUUGGGCUUCACAGCCACCGGCCAUCCACGUGUCAACGCCGUGGACUUUGGUUCCAGUGCGCCCGACUGGCCAGAAAAGGUCGACUGGAGCGUCACUGAAGUUUAUGUGCCUGACUUGGCAUCGUCCGCUGUGGGAGCAUAUAUGGUGAGUGCAGCUUCUGGGGGCGGGACUUCUUUGUUUUAUCCAAAAGUUCAUGGCCACAUUCUUGAACUCCUUUGUAACGAUGUGCUGUCCCCUGAAGUCUUCUUGAACUGGUGGAGAGAACAAUCUUUUGCUAGGGACUUUUGGAUUGAGACCGACACCGCUCUCUUGAGAAUUCACGUCACCCCAAGAAGAACAUGUUUUGAUCCGGCAAGGUGGAACACAGGGGACAUUGCUUUGAAGAACUUGCUGCUGGAAACAUUGGAUGAAGUUCGAGACACAACAUGCAUACCGUGCCAUGGUACUGGACACACUUUGCAGCUUCAACAUCUUUGGCAACAUGAGCAUGCUCCACGAGCUGAAUUUCUAUGGGUUGGCCGCAGCCGUUUUCGUCGUCGACGCACGACGGAGCAAGCUCACCUCGCAUCAAUUCGAGAUACUUUGGAUGUCCCAGCCAGCGACCCGGACGCCAUGGAAGAUGAGGCGACACGAGCUGGUGGAGGCACUCGAGAAGAUGGGCCAGACGGCCAACGAGGGAUGGACAGUCCCGGAACUCCGCUCUCUUCUGAUCGAGAUGAUGGACAAGGAGGGCGACGGAAGUCACAAGACGAAGGGUAUCACACACAUGUGCCUGGAGGAUCUGAUGGAGAAGUGCCAAGCAGAGGGCUUAGCACUGCCUCCCAAACCAACGAGGGGACUGCUGAUGAGGAUGCUUCGAGAGAACACACCUCCCGACGGGAACGAGAAGGUGUGCUUCGGUUCCUACAAGGGGUACAAGUACCACGAGGUGAACGAGUCCUACCUGGCGUGGGCAAUGCAGGAAGUGGCGGCCAACCCGCAACACUCACCGGAUCUGGCGCGGCUGGCUCGAUGGGCCCAAGCUCGCAAGCCGACAACCAGUCUCGGUGGAGUCGUCUCGGGCAGUGGGGAUCCCGAGCGUUCUCCUACCUUGCCAGUGCCAGCCGAAGCGCUUCCGAAGGCGAAAGCCAAGGUGAAGAGCGAGAUCCAGAAGCACCAGAGGACUUCGAGGACCCGACCAAUCCCAGACGAGACCAGCAGUUUCUCGAUGGUUUCCGAACCGGAGCAGACCUUGGCCGAGGAGAUCGCGGACAUGGAGAGUCGUCUUCAGAUGAUGAAGGCUGCGAAAGAGGCCGAGGACAAGAGGACGCCGAGGAAGAGGACCGGCGAGACAGAGUUCAGCACUCCAAAACAAGGGUGAAAAAGAGGGCAUAUUGGCAGAAGUUGAAGGAGCUCCAGGAGAUGAAGCAGAAGAUGAAGACUGGAGCGCACACUGGCUAUGUCACUGAGAAUGUCAACGUCCCCAAGAAUGACAUCAACACUGAGGAGAUCUUCGACCCUGAGGAGCCCUUCGACUCACAGAAUGCCGACGCUUCUGAGGAUGACGACGUCUCUGACCCCAUCGACCUUGAUGAAUAUGAGACGGAUUUGGAGACCGGCUACCCCAAGGUCAAGCUCUACUACCCUGAUGACUUCGAUGAGGUCAAGAACCUUCCCCCAAGGAAGAUGAGGAGGAGCCGACGCAAACGAGUCAAAGGACUUGUACACCGAGCUUUGGCAUGCUUGGCAACCACUUUGGUAGCCUUCUCAACGCCGGUGGUCGCUGAGUUGGAGGAGGCAAUCCUGGAACCUGCCAAAGAUCUAUGCAAGGCCAUCUUGGGGCCGAACACCUUCCAAGGGAAGCCUGAGGACUUUGCUUUGCUUGAGCUCUUUGCGGGCUCAGCGAAAUUGACCACAGAGUUUGCCCACCAAGGCCACAAUGUCUUGGAGCCCCGUGACAUCCUGCUGGGCCACGACCUCUUUGACCAGUACCAGCAGGAGAGCGUCUUCAAUGACAUCAACUACAGGAAGCCCAAAUUGCUUUGGGUAGCACUUCCUUGCACGAAGUGGUCUCAGUGGCAGAGGCUUAACUAUGCCCAGCGUCGCCAACAACUCCGCCGAGAACGUCAGAAGCAGCGGAGGCUGAUUCAUUUUGCUGUUGAGUGUGCCUGGAACCAGAUUGCCAAUGGGGGGGAAGUGAUGUUCGAACACCCCCGUUUUUCUGAGAUGUGGGACGAUCACUCCAUGAGCAGUCUUAUGGAGAACAACUUUAUGGUCUACUCCGACAUUGACAUGUGCCGCUAUGACCUGAGGGCCGUCACGGAUGGCGGUAGGCUCAGGAAACCUACAAGGAUCGUAGCUUCUGACUCCAAGCUACUGACGGCACUAGACCGUUCCUGCCAUGGAGGACAUCAUCACACACCUACAGAAGGCCGCAACACCAAGGCAGCCGGAAUAUAUACCUCGGCAUUUUGCCGAGCGGUGGUACAAGGCUUUGACCACCAGAGACGGAGCAUCUGGGCCUCCAAGACCGAUGCUUCCAACAAGACCUGGAAUGCCCUUGUUGCCGAGGGAGGGGCCCCGCCGGAAGCUGACGAUUACGUGGAGCACAAGAUGACCGGCAUUGAGCUUCCUGGCCAUGUCCCCAUACCUCUGGCACGGGCACUUCGCAGGAUUCAUCAGAACCUUGGACACCCAUCCAACCAUGACCUUGCACGACAUCUGAAACUGUCAGGUGCAAACGAGGCUGCUGUUAAGGCAGCUCAGUCAAUUAGAUGCAGCUCCUGUGCUAGGCUGUCCAACCCAGCCACGCGGAGACCCGCAAAACUGGUCAGACCUCUCGAGUUCAACCAAGAAGUGGCCGUCGACACUCUCAACUUGUACCUUGAUGGACAUGAAAAGGUUGAGAUCUUAUCAGUUUUGGACUUGGCCACAGGUUAUCACGUGGUCAAGCGUCUGAACGGCCGUUUGUCAGUGGACCUCUUGAGGACGUUCACCGACUGUUGGCUUGGGUGGGCUGGCCCGCCAUUGAGGUUGUCCUGUGACUUGGAGAGGGGCUUCCUCAAGGAGUUCACCGACGGGGUGGAGAUGGGCGGCACACAUGUGAAAUAUAUCGCUGGCCAAGCACACUGGCAAGCCGGCGCCAUCGAGCGUCAGGGAGAAUGGUUCCGAGCCAUGUGGGACCGCACAGUGAAGCACUCCCUACCUUCCAUGGAGGAGGUGGACUACACGCUGGCUAUGGUGGCAGCCGCCAAGAACAACCUACGCCGUAAACAUGGCUACUCGCCAGCUCAAUGGUUGUUUGGGUCACAGCCCAGGACUGGAGAUGCCUUCUUGGACGAGGAGGACAGCCUGUACCAGAGAGAAGAACUUCGAUCUCCCGAUGAGCUCUGGAGGAGGAAGCAGACCAUACGACAAGCAGCGAGGCAGUCUUUCAUUCAGACCCAGGCCGAUGAUGCUUUGAAACGUGCCGUCCUGGGCCGACCUCGUACAAACAAUGAGAUCUUCGAACAGGGCGACUAUGUCUACAUCUUCCGGGUCGACAAGACGACGGGAGGCAAAGCUCGUCAUCGUCAAAAUGCAGGUGAAUGGAUUGGACCUGGUGUGGUAGUCGGUAAAGAGGGUGCCUCUUACUGGGUAUCACGUGGGGGCCGCUGCAUACUAUGUGCAGCUGAACACCUUCGCCCUGCAGAAUCUGAGGAACUGGGCACCGCCUUUCAGACUAAGGCGGUCAAGGACGAUCUCAUGCGACUGGCCCACCGCCUUGAGGACAGUGAGGAUGAGGACAUCUUCGCAGAUGCCACCGCACCUAUGCAUGCAAAGAGGAUCGUCAACUACGACACGGUGCCAGAACGACGUGUCCGGACAAAGGGCACAGUGAGGAUGCAUAAACGGCCAGUACCUCCUGGCGGUGCACAGCAGGGAGACCGAGAGAGGCCCUUGCCCCCAGUUCCUGAUGACGAUUUUGAAGCUUUGGUAGACAAGGAGAUCGAGGACGCUGGGACGAUAGCACCAGCUCGGCAAGCCCUAGUCGCAGAGAGACGAACACCGCGAUCGGUCAUCAAGCAAGUGGACAAGGAGAUCCGGUGGGACGACAUCCCAGAGAAGGAACGACAUCUCUAUGUGGAGGCAGAAGCCAAGCAAUGGGAGGAACACAUCAAAUAUGAAGCAGUUCGAGUUCACCCUCCUGAGGAUGCAGAACUUCUUCGAGCAAAAGUUCACCCCAGCAGGAUUCUCAAUGCCCGGUUUGCCUACCGAGACAAACAUGCUGCUAAACGACGGGAAGACCCUACAGUUGGCCCUAAGGCCAAAGCAAGGCUUUGUGUAGGAGGGCAUCGAGAUCCUGACCUACGCCAUGGGAUGAUCAACACCGAAGCUCCAACAGCAUCGCGGUGCUCCCUCAUCACGCUCUUGUUCCUGGCAGCACAGUUCGGUUGGCAACUGGCAGCGGGAGAUGUCGAAGCUGCCUUUCUCAAUGGGGUCGAGUUCAAGCGGGGGCUCUACUUCGAAGUUCCUAAGCGUGGCCUUCCCGGAGUUCCUGCGGGCUCACUUGUGGAGAUCGUGAAGGGGGUGUUCGGCCUUUCGAACUCACCACGGCUUUGGUGGGAUAAACUGGCGAAAGAACUUUGCAACAUGAAGAUCGUCGUCGAUGGUGUGGAACUACGACUAUCUCAUCACGAAUUUGACCCUUGUUUCCUACCACUUCGCGAUCCUCACGGCGGUCUACGAGGAGCUCUGAUCACCCAUGUUGAUGAUCUACUGGUGGCCGCACCACAUGCUGAGAUGGAGCAGCUACAACAAGCACUCUCUAGCAUUUUCCCUAUCUCUGAGUGGGAGGCUGGGACCUUUGACUACACUGGUGCCACCAUCAAGCAGACCAAAGAGGUUAUCGAGCUCCACCAGACCUCCUAUGUGAACUCCAGGCUUGAGACCGUGGAAAUUCCAAAAGGAGUAGACCCUGAUGAUUUGGCUGAUCAGGUGACGCUCCAAGACAAUAUGAGCACAGUGGGUGCCUUGUCAUGGUUGUCGUCUCAGACGAGACCCGACCUUCAAGCGGGAGUUUCGUUAGCUCAAAGGCGACAGAAAGCUCCUACAUAUGAGGAUGUCAGAGCCACUAACCGACUGGUCAAGAUGGCACAGUCUGCCAAAGAGGAACCUCUACGCUUCGUGAAGAUUGCGGAGAACCUCGCAGACUUGGUUCUCAUGGUGUAUCAUGACGCCGCAUGGGCCAACGCACCCUUUGACCCAGAAGUGGACGACCUUGCUGACGUAGCUGCCGCUCAUGGUCAAGGAGUAUAUUCACAACUUGGCCACUUGCUGGUGAUGACCAGCAAGGCCGCCAUUGACGGCAAACAAUGCCCCACUGCUGUGGUAGGCUGGAGAUCUCAUGCCUGUCCCAGGGUAUGUCGAAGUACCUUCGCAGCCGAGACGAUGGCAGGUCUUGAAGGAUGGGAAGAAGCUCUGACCUUCAGGUCUUUCAUAGCUGGUGCCCUACAUGCAGAUCCAGCCCGAGCCCAGGAAGAUUGUGCCCGGCGACUGUUUCCCAUCGUGUCGCUCACUGACUGCAAAUCUCUAUAUGAUAAUGUGCACAGGGUGGGAGGACCCAAAGCACCCAGUGAGAAACGUUUGGUGGUCGACCUCACGGCCCUGAGAGCGAUGGUGAAUGCCGAGGCCAACUACUGGGGACAUCUGAUUCCUGGGGGCAAAACUUUGAGGUGGCUUCCCACAGGCGAUCAAUGGGCUGACGUCCUCACCAAGGUGAUCCACGACGUUCGCAGUUGGUGGCGGAACUUGCGAGCAAAGGCCGAGCAGCAAAGCCAGACACUUCGUGCCGAGAUUCGUGCUUUGGAGGACAGGCUCCAGCAGACCAUGUCGCAGAAGUCUGUGAUGGAGGAAGUGCUCGAGGGCCUGAAGAAUUCACAUAGCGCAACAGCCAAUUCCUCCCGAGAGCUUCGAGAACUUCAACGUGACCAGGAGUUCUUGGAGAAGGAAUGUAUACGAACAGAGCGAAGGAUCAUUAUCUUGGAUGAGAAGAUUGAGAGCCUCAGCAAGGAGGCUGAAGAUUUGCGGCAGCGAGCUGCAGUUGUGAUGAGCGCUCUGCCAGAUGCACCAGCUGAUCAUGAGGUGAGCUAUUUGCACAUGCAGCGCCAGCGGCAGGUUCAGGAGCUUCGUCGAGAGCAAUCUCAGCUUCAAAGAGAGCAGGAGGCGGCGGAGCAGGAGUUGGAAGCUGCCAAGGUGGGAAUCAAUGGAAAACAUCCAGGUUUUGCGGGGGAGCCAAAGGGAACCCAAAAUAAGGUGAUCCACCAAGUUGACCGCGGAGGUUCUUUCCUGAAUCGACGCAUUCUCACCGCCUGA